GUCAGCACAGAGCCUGACGCAGGGCUCAAACUCACGAACUGCGAGAUCAUGACCUGAGCUGAAUGCUUAACCUUAAGACUGAGCUAGCUACCCAGGCGCCCCAAUAAAAGUACAGUUGGUUUUUAUAUAGUGACCUGAUGUUCAGUUAACCCUGUCAAAUUCACUUGUUAAUUCUAAGAGUUUACCUGUGGUUUCUUUUGUUUGUGUGUUUAUUUUUUAUAUAUAGAAUCGUGUCAUCUGAAAAUGACAGUUUUAGCUUUUCCUAGGUCUGUUGAUCUGUUGGUGACUGUAGCAUUUUCAGUUUUACUUUGAGUCUGAGAUACUCGAUGCAGAAAUUUCUCAUGUUUGCAUCGUCUGAGCAGACAACAGAGAAUCGCUCAAAACUACAGGAAAGCCUUUACUUCCAUAGGCAUGGAAAACCAUUUGGUACCAGUGAUAAAACUGCAGCCAUUUAAAAAAAAGUCUGGAAUACCCCGGAUAUCCAGGUGAAGGCUCCGUUCUGUAUUCAAUAAAAGCGCAUUUCCAGAUGUCUUUAGAAGGAUGAGAUGAGAUAGAACCUCUGAUCGUCUCAAUGACUCCUUCGUGCGGUGAUGUUUAUUGGUUCUCGUUCAGAAACGAUUUGAGAGCUGGAGAAUUUGUGAGUUCCAAAACAGACUUGGAAAAACCCAGGCAUAGCCUAAGGAUACCUGAACUUUUUGUUGAAAGCGCGUGGUCACCCAAAGGCCAGGAGUAAAGACACGGAGUGUGGAAUUCAAAGAGGGAGUUAAUGGGGGGGGGGUGGGGGGGGUCCGAAUCGCAAACUUCCUGAGCCAUUAUUGGCGACAGCGGGGCGGCCAGCAGCAGCGAUUCUCUCCUGUUUCAGAGACUCUCAGAAGAUCCCACGUAACAUGAGCUGAAACCUGGAAGCUCAUUCCCUUGGCUUACUUAAUAGUUCGGAGCAUAAGUACACUGUCCAGGGCUGAUAUGGGGGCUCCUGGAUACUGGGGCCCUCAUCUCCUGCCUGUCCUUAGGUGGCUUUCAUCUGCCCAUCGCGUCGUACUCGAGCACCACACGCCAGCUCGGGAGAAGGGGGGACGGGGCAGCAGAGGGUACGCCUCCUCCCUUCACCGCACGAUUCAGAAGCAGCACACAUCAGUCGGGCUCGUGUCCUGUUGAUCGGACUGUAUUCUAGCGGCAGAGGAGGUUGGGAAGUGUAUCCGCUUGGGGAAGCCAAAUGUCCAGCUAACGUCGGGGGUUCUGUUGCUCAAAGAAGAGGAGGGAUGUCGGAGGAUGACUGCCAUUUUCUGCCUCACCCCUCCCGCUGAAUUCUCAGAAAGACCCCUGGCCGUGUCACUCACUUUGGAGGCGUACCGGGGGCGAGUGCUGAGAUGCGCCCGGAGGACCCGCUGGCGUGCAGGUUGGCUGGUCCACACUGUAACGAGAAUACACAGCGGUGCCUCUGGAGUCACGUGUGCUGUGAAAUCGUCAGCCCUGACACCACACCCCAGACGUCCUGAGGGAAAUGGAUUGCCAAAUAGAUGCUACUCUUAAGGGUCUUAAGAAACUGGCGAAGCUGCUGCUCUGUGGCACUGAGCUGGUGACAAAUAUCCAGGUGGCCGCGGAUAUCAGGGAGAUCCACAGGAGAGUGGAAGAAGGGGAGAUAAGGCGUCAGAGACUUGAAAAGCUGGAGAACGAAGUCAAGAGCAGCCAGGACAAAUUUGAUGAAAUCACCAUGAAGUGGGAGGAGGGCAAACGGAAGAGAAUUCCCCAGGACCUGUGGGACAUGCUCAACACCCAGCAGGUGCACUGCGCUGGGCUGAUAGAAGACAAGAACAAGCUUAUCAGCGAGUUACAGCAGGAGUUAAAAACAAAAGAUGACCAGUAUGUGAAGGAUUUGAAGAAGCAGUCAGAUGACAUCUGCCUGCUCCUGGAGAGGAUGGAAGAGCAAGUGAGGAAUGUGAUGAAAACCUUCCGUCAGGAGCUCAAUUCCAUUGAGAAAGCAUUUGAGGCGGAACGACGAGAACUGCUGACCAGUAAUAAGAAGAAAUGGGAGCGGGCCCUGCAGGCUCACAACGCCAAAGAGCUGGAGUAUCUUCUGAGCCGCAUCAAGAAGGUAGAGGACUAUGAGAAGCAGCUGAACAAGCAGCGGGUGUGGGACUGCGAAGAGUACAACACGAUCAAGAUCAAGUUGGAGCAGGACGUGCAGAUUCUUGAGCAACAGCUUCAGCAGAUGAAAGCAACCUACCAGCUAAACCAAGAGAAGUUGGAGUACAACUUCCAAGUGCUGAAGAAGAGAGACGAAGAGAGUGUGGUGAUCAAAUCCCAGCAGAAGAGGAAGAUCAGUCGCCUGCAUGAUAUACUUAACAACCUGAGAUCAAAAUACACCAGGCAGAUCAGACAGUUUGAGGAGGAGAACCAGUCACUAACCUCCGACUACAUACGCCUGGUGACGCAGUUCAAGGAGCUACAGAAAGCCAUGAGGCAUUUUGCUCUUCUUGAUGACAAGCGGUUUCGAGAGAUUUGGUUGAUGAAUGAAGAAGAGGCAAAGGAUCUGAUAAGCAAAGCCUUUGAUGUGGACAGGAUCAUCCACACCCAGCAUCUGGGGCUCCCCUGGACCGCACCUGAUUUCUGGUUCCUGAGGAAUGUGGGACCUAUAUCUCAGCAGCAGCAGAGGUCUGCUACACAGAUAUUAGAAGAAGUGCUCAUUCAAACAGAAGAGGAGGGGAUGGAGGAGGCCACCUCAGAAACAGAGUCUUACCUCGACCUGCCAAAGCAAGUUUCCAUGAAAACAACCAGAAAGAUCCUGAUGCUCCUGUGUGACGAGUCGGGUUUCCUCAUAGAGAGCAAGCUGCUGAACCUUCUCCGUCCCCUGGAGAAGAGCGAGUGCUAUCUGCUCAAGUUGGACGCCAUCUUCUCAGCCCUUGGGAUUGAAAGUGAGGACGACUUGUACAAACUGGUGAACUUCUUCCUCAAAUACCGAGUUCAUCAUUCACCCUCCAGUCAGGAGCGAACAAGCCCGAUGUCGGCCCUGGACCCAGGAGAGCAGACAGACCUCGAGAGACAGAAGGAGGGAAGCCUUGUGGGAGGGGAGCCAGAAGAGAAGGAGGUCCCCCCUUCUCCCACGCUCAUCCACCCCAACGACGUCCUCAAGAUCCUGGAGGCCUUUGUCAUGGGUCUGAGGAAGCCCAGGGACCCCCCGGCCCCAGUGAAGGUGGUGAAGUAUGUGCGAGAUACCUCGAAGGACUCUGCGUAUUGGGAGGCCCUGGCCACGGUUCUCCCUUACGCCACGCAGAACCUCUGGGACGCUCUGUACACGGCCUUGGAGAAAUACCACCUCGUCCUGACGCAGAGGGCCAAGCUGCUGAUAGAAAACAACUCCCUGGAGAAGCAGAACACAGAGCUCCAGAUGCUGCUUCAGCAGUAUCUGGAUUCCAAGAUAAACUCUGAAUUGCAUGUCCCACCAACUCAGGUGUUACGGGCGCCCACCAAAUAGAGCCGGACCUCCAAAGGCUGCUGUUACGGUGUAUGCGGGUGCCGGGGCUGGCACGUUUCACCUGGGGAGCUGCCUGGGACUACUCUGGAUUUUCCAGAGCUACUGGGAUAGGGCCUGUCCAAAUAAGGCCACGGCAGGGGUUACCUGUAUCCUGUAGUCGUGAUUAAUUAAAGUCUUUAAAAGGUUG